AAAUGCUACUUUGAUUGAUUUCCCCGCCCCCUCCAUUCUUCUUUUCCGCAAUUGCUCUAUCACUUCUUUCCUCUCAAGUCCCGCCCUUACAGCUACCUCCGACUGCAGAGGAACCGGUUGCCUAAAAGGAGCCGGCAAAAGCGCCUACGUGGAGGCGAGAGGAGCGGAAGUAGUCAGAUUUGACUGAGAGCCGUAAAGCGCGGCCGGCUCUCGUUUUCCGGAUAACGACUACAGCUCCGACUGUCAGUGCCGGCCUUCCUCGUGUAAGGGGAUCUGCCGGACCCUUGCAAAUUCAAUUUCGUUCCCAUUCCGGGCCCUUCCCUAUCGUCGCCCCCUUCACCUUGGAUCAUGUUCAAGAAAUUUGAUGAAAAAGAAAAUGUGUCCAACUGCAUCCAGUUGAAAACCUCAGUUAUUAAGGGUAUUAAGAAUCAGUUGAUAGAGCAAUUUCCAGGUAUCGAACCAUGGCUUAAUCAGAUCAUGCCUAAGAAAGAUCCUGUCAAAAUAGUCCGAUGCCAUGAACAUAUAGAAAUCCUUACCGUAAAUGGAGAAUUACUAUUUUUCAGACAAAGAGAAGGGCCUUUUUAUCCAACCCUAAGGUUACUUCACAAAUAUCCUUUUAUCUUGCCACACCAGCAGGUUGAUAAAGGAGCCAUCAAAUUUGUACUCAGUGGAGCAAAUAUCAUGUGUCCAGGCUUAACUUCUCCUGGAGCUAAGCUUUAUCCUGCUGCAGUAGAUACCAUUGUUGCCAUCAUGGCAGAAGGAAAACAACAUGCUCUAUGUGUUGGAGUCAUGAAGAUGUCUGCAGAAGAUAUUGAGAAAGUCAACAAAGGAAUUGGCAUUGAAAAUAUUCAUUAUUUAAAUGAUGGGCUGUGGCAUAUGAAGACAUAUAAAUGAGCCUCAGAAGGAAUCCACUUGGGCUAAAUAUGGAUAUUGUGCUGUAUCUGUGUUUGUGUCUGUGUGUGACAGCAUGAAGAUAAUGCCUGUGAUUAUGCUGAAUAAAUUCACCAGAUGCUAAAAUUC